AUGCUGUUAAAUACCUCCUCUAAGAAGCAGCAGUUCAUGUUUAGGGACCCGUACGCAAUGGUGACUUCACAAGAGGCAGGCUGUCACCGUCGCCUUGGUGGUGCUGGUCGUAAGGCCAAGUGGCCGUUCGUGGAGAGGGCAGUCUACCACCAAUUCCGUUUAAAUUGUGCCAAAGGACUGGCGGUAUCCGUGAGCAUGGAUAAGGCGGAGGCGGAGGUGGAGGUGCUGGAGGAUGUGCAUAAGGAGGAGCUGGACGAGCUCAUCCCCAACCCCCUUUAUCCUGACCCCGCGGCCGCCCCUGAUGACAGCGAGGAAGACAUGGUGGCGGAAUUUGGAGUUGCACCGGCAUUGGAGAAUGAUGAUGAUGAAGAGGAGGAGGAGGAGGAGGAGGAGGAGGAGGAGGAGGAGGAGGAGGAGGAGGAGGAGGAGGAGGAGGAGGAGGAGGAGGAGGAGGAGGAGGAGGAGGAGGAGGAGGAGGAAGAGGAGGAGGAGGAGGAGGAGGAGGAGGAGGAGGAGGAGGAGGAGGAGGAGGAGGAGGAGGAGGAGGAGGAAGGGGAGGAGGAGGAAGAGAAGGAGGGGGAGGAGGAGGAGGAGGAGGAGGAGGAGGAGGAGGAGGAGGAAGAGGAGGAGGAGGAGGAGGAGGAGGAGGAGGAGGAGGAGGAGGAGGAGGAGGAGGAGGAGGAGGAGGGAGGAGGAUGGUGA